CGCUCAUUUUCGGAACCCUAACGCGGGAGAUUUUUGCACAGACCCUUGCAGUGAGAGAGCUUUAAGAGAAAUUUAAGAGAGAGAGAGAGAGAUAGGGGAGAGUCAUUUAGAGAGAGAGAAAGAAGGUGGUUCCAUUGUUGCUGAAACUUGCUUGUAAAAGUCUUGUUGGGGUUUGACAGUAGUGCUGCAAAGUAGAGAGAGAGAGAAUGGGGGAGAGUGUUCCUGAGCAAGUUUUAGAGUCAGUCUCAGAAACCCUAAUCCAUGUAGACCACCUCAGAGCUAACAUGGUCCAAUUCAUGGGGGCCUGCGACGCAGAUGUACUCGCUUAUUUGCCUCCUCUUCAACGAGCCAAUGUUUUUCUCACUCUAGCCAAGGCGGUUUCAUCUCUCUACACGUUGAGAUUAAGAUGUAAUGGAGUGCACCCAGAUAAUCAUCCUGUCAAAACAGAGCUUGAGAGACUGAGUUUAUACGAAGAUAAGAUUGACCGCUAUAAGGACUGGACCAGAGGCCCUCAGCGACCCUCCACGACCAUAAAUUAUAAAGCUGCAACGCGUUUUAUUGAACAUUCUCUGCCUGAUCUUGCACCUGAACAAAGACAAAGUAUGCGAGAAAUUAGCAGAGAGGAUGGGCAAAGGAGUCAAUUUGAAGAGAGAAGGCGAGGUAAGAGGAAGAGGAAGUCUCAGGUGACUGAAAAGCAAUCGGUACAUGCGGCUGCUGAAGAAUUUCUUGCAAAGGCGACUAGGGAACUUCUUGGUGAUAAGGAUAGUCUGAGAGGGCCUUUAAGAGAUGAGAGCUCUGAAGAAGAAAAAGUAUCAAAUGGAUGAAAUUAUCAUUGCAGGGCUGACUAGUUGGAGGUUUUCCACGAGUGUCACAACUCACAACGGGGCAUGUUUCGAUAGGGUGAUGAAUGCAUUAUUGAUCAUCAUGUUGGCAUGGAUCAGGAAACAAAGGGUGUCUUGAACGUUUGAUCUGUCAAUUUAGUGCUUAGUGUGUGCUAAAGUCCUUUCAGCAGGCUAAGGUAGUUUUUGGGUUUCUUUGUCUUUGCUAAGGGCGUAUCUGCCUCAUGUCUCUGCACGUCCACCAACUUGCCUUAAUGGCUAAGCUGCGUAGUAAUGGUGACUCCACGAGGGGAGUGGUCCUCCUCUCUUCUUAUUGGGUAUUGUAAAUUGCAAGAUGCAUUUAGAAGAAAUUUUUGGAGUGUAUCAAUUUGUUGGGAGAUUCUUUUAUCAUGUCCUUAUAAAUGCCAAUGAGACGAGUGAUUCUUUGGCUUGAGAAGAUGCAACCAGAGUGGAGUGGGCAUUUAGAAGAAGUAUUUUGCUCCCUCAACAAUUGUCCUACGAGUAUUUGCUGUAACCAUUGAUUUGUAUCCCUUUGACUAUACCAGAUGUGUAUGAUAUGGACCACACUGCAUCAAGUUGAUUGCUUUGCAUGGGGUUUUAUGUCAUUGCUAAGUAGAAUGGAAUUUGUACACUUGUGCUACAUGUUUAUUGCUGAUUUCCUUUGUGGUUUUAGUAAUUACAUAGUUCCUAUACCAUGUAUUGUCUUCUAGACAUAUUUCUUGUGCUAGCUAAGGCCACGUCCAGUUAACAUGAAAAUGCAGCCAGGAAGAAAAAUAUGUUGCUGAAAUCCUGAAAAAGAAUUACCAAAUAAAUAGUGGGAGGCGGGGGAAACAAUACAUGGCCCAGUUUUGGUGAGUCAGCCGACUCACCAAAACACGUGUGUCCUGUUAUGCAUAAGAUGACCAUCUUAGACAUGGACAUCAAAAGAAGGGACCUCCACUAAGGUUAAAACGGAUGGUGGAGAAAGAAAAUAGCAAGAAUACCAUUUUAUUUUUCAAAAAAAGAAAUGCCACUCAUUAUAAUCAUCAUAUUUUGAGAUAAACAAACCCCAAAAUUCUGGAUCUACAAUCCAUCUUUAAGAUGGAUUUUGAAGGUGCCGGACAUCAACAGGUGAGUCAGCCAACUCACCACACACUUUUCCAGCAAUAAGACACAAAAAAGCAAACCUAUUCACUGCAUUAUGUCGAAAGUUUCUAUCGCAACUUGUUUGAGCCCCAUAACUCAAUUGGAAGGUCCUUGUUGCAACCUUGAGAUUGUGAUUGCCGCUUACCCCAAAAAAGAGAAAAAAAAAAGAAAAGAAUUUUCAUACUGUGGUUCAAACACAGUUGACCUAUUCUUUAUUAUAUCCCCAGUCAUAGUGUUCACUAAAAUGUUAAUGUAAAAGAAGCUAUAGAAUGGAUGUUACACAUAAUUCAGAGUCAUUGUGAUUUCUUUUUUGGACUUGUACACUUACGAUAUAAUUCUUUGUUUCUGAUAAUAUUGUGGAACAAACAAAGGUCCAUUGAUUUAUUGUGUUUCAGCCAUCAAUCUUUACUUCUGUAUUAGCAAUCCUUUAAUUUUCAAUUUUUCUUGAUAAACUGAUCUCCUCUGCUUUUCUUUUUCCAUGGCUUUCUAACGUUGUGUUUAAUCUCGGGCUGUGAC